AUGGCCGCAGCUGACGAUGACGACUCAAGAUCCAGAAUAGAAGACACUUCAGAAGACUCAGACUCAAUGGAUUCCGAAUCGGAUCAUUACGGAGAACAUUUUCUCGUGGUGCUACGCAAUCUUAUAAGUGGUGGCCAAUUGCUGUUACAUGGUGGCGAUGACGAUGAUAAUUAUGAUAGUUUAGUAAGAACCAGACCUCCUAAAAUUAAAGCGAAACCUUUGACUAAAAUACUCGAUAAAAGUGAAUAUUCUCAAGUAACCAAACAAGCCUGUGGACUACUGGACCUCACAAAUAGAAACCGCAAUGUCAAUAAUGUUACUUCAUUGCUGACAAAACGAGAAAGAGGCCUUUUUCAAGGCAGUAAGUUUUCGAGGGGCGUAAAAUCAAAAAUUGCAAAUUGUUAUAUACCCAGCGAAAUGUGCGGUGGCAUCGACCAUAAUCCCGGAAAAGUUUUCUGCGGAAUAUUUUCAAAGGACGGCAACACGUUUCUGACAGCAGCUCAAGGGUACCACAUUUCAGAUCGUCAACUAAGAUUGUUCAACUCUCGCGACAACUCGUACGAAAUGUUUCACAUGAUAACCGCCAGAGAUGUAGGUUGGAGCGUCCUAGACGUAGCCUUCAGUCCCAACGCUCAAUUUUUUGUCUACUCCACUUGGUCCUCAAGCCUACAUUUGUGCAACACUUUCGAUAAACGCGAACAACCCGAACCUCUAGUCAUAGCCAAUACUAGUCGCAGAUUUUGCCUGUUUUCUGUUGAAUUUUCCAAUGAUGGCAAACAAUUAAUAUGCGGCGCAAACGAUGGCUGCUUAUACGUCUACGAUAUCGAAAGAAGACGGAGGACUUUUAAAAUAAGCAGUCACGAAUCUGAUUUGAAUCGUGUCACAUACGCUGAUGAAGCUUCGCAUAUAAUUUACACUGGAGGUGAUGACGGUUUGGUUAAAAUUUGGGAUACUAGGACUUUAGAUGAGAGAGAUACCAAGCCUGUUGGUAUUUUAGCUGGACAUCAAGAUGGUGUAACUUAUAUUGAUUCAAGAGGGGAUGGUAGACAUUUGAUAAGCAACAGCAAAGAUCAGUCAAUUAAGUUGUGGGAUAUCAGGUGCCUUUCUAACGAUGCUACUGUCAGGGAGGCUUUGAAGGUUGUCAGAGAUCAACCUUGGGAUUAUCGAUGGCAAGGAGUACCAAGACACAUGUAUGAUUACAAAAAACUGGAAGGCGACACUUCAAUAAUGACUUAUAAAGGCCAUGUGGUUUCCAAAACAUUGAUUAGGGCUAAAUUUUCUCCGGCAGCAACUACGGGGCAACGUUAUAUUUAUUCUGGUUGCGGUUUUGGAAGACUUAUGAUAUACGAUUCUUUGACUGGUAAAAUUGUUAAACAACGAAAAGGACACAUGUCUUGUGUCAGAGAUGUGGCUUGGCAUCCUACUAGGAAUGAAAUUUUAACUUCAUCGUGGGAUGGGAUGGUAGGUAAAUGGACCUAUUGCAAAAAAAAUCCCCAUUAUCACGACAAACAAGAGGAUCUAGGGCGCAUGCCUUUGCGCCGCAGUGCAAGGUUGGCGGCCAGACAACAAGAAGCGAGAGAUUCGACGUAA